GCGACUGGGAGCGGGCCCCGAGCGCGCAGCCCUCACCAUGCCGCGCUCACGCGUGGGAGACACGCCGGCGGGACGCGGGCGCAGAAACCCUCCAGUCGCGGAAUGGGUCUCCAGCAGGGAAAUUUGCUCGUCCUUCCUGCCCCUCCUUUACAGGCCUUGCUCCUUCCCAGAUUUUUCCAAAAUCCAAAUCCCAACCUACCCUGCACCCAUCUCCAGCGAUUUAGAGCGUUUCACAGAGCGCCGAGUGCAUGGCGUCGGAUUGUGUAACUUGAAAACACUCUUGUCUUUUUUCUCAUCUGUACAGUGGGUGUGAUUUUUUUUUUUAUCAGCCAAUUUCAGGUUUUGAUUCCCACCAUGGCUAUCACACAGUUUCGGUUAUUUAAAGUUUGCACCUGCCUCGCUACAGUAUUCUCAUUCCUAAAGAGAUUAAUAUGCAGAUCUGGCAGAGGACGGAAAUUAAGUGGAGACCAGAUAACUUUGCCAACUACAGUUGAUUAUUCAUCAGUUCCUAAACAGAUGGAUUCAAUGAAGACGGAUGUUGAAGAAUGGACUUCCUGGGACGAAGACGCCCCCACAAGUGUAAAGAUUGAAGGAGGCAAUGGGAAUGUAGCAACACAACAAAAUGCCUUGGAACAACUGGAACCUGACUAUUUUAAGGACAUGACACCAACUAUAAGGAAAACUCAGAAAAUCAUUAUUAAGAAGAGAGAACCAUUAAAUUUUGGCAUCCCAGAUGGUAGCACGGGUUUCUCUAGUAGAUUAGCUGCUACACAGGAUAUGCCUUUUAUUCAUCAAUCUCCUGAAUUAGGUGACUUAGAUACCUGGCAGGAAAAUACCAACGCGUGGGAAGAAGAAGAAGAUGCGGCCUGGCAAGCAGAAGAAGUUCUGAGGCAGCAGAAGAUAGCAGACAGAGAAAAGAGAGCAGCAGAACAACAAAGGAAGAAAAUGGAGAAGGAGGCACAGCGGCUAAUGAAAAAGGAACAGAACAAAAUUGGCGUGAAGCUUUCAUAAUGGAUGUCCUUCACAUGUCAUAGUGCCAGUAAGAGAGAUAUGAGCUCCACAACUCAAGCAACAUUUAUAUGGAUUUAAGAAUAUUUUCAGAAUACAAACACAUUGCUUGAUUUUAAUGCAUUCAUCAGACCAUCUAGGAGACCAGGAUUCUCUCAAAGUACCUUGAGCUCUUAGUAAUUGAGACUCAAAAAAAAAAGACCUACGAGGCAAUAUUUUUUUUCAACAUGCUCCAAGUGUAAGACAGUUGUUUGCUGUAAAAAAUUAUUACAAAUGGAAUAUACCAGUACCUCUUCUAGCUAGUGUUUCUAGCUAAAUAAAUGGGUGUAAAUAAUUUUAUGGUGGGAAAGAACUCUGCUCUCUAUAAUGCUUUCCUUCAUUGUGCAUAAUGAUAAAAUAAAUAAUUUUAAAUAUUCCUUUGUUUCCAUGAUUAUCUGACCUAACUCAGACAAACUGCAGGGCUUUUAACCUCUUUAUUUUUGUUGUCAGAAGCUGGUAUUGGCAUACAUUUCUUCUAGUUUGAACUGGUAAUGUUUAUGUUUAAUAUGACGUUAAGGAAUUUGAUGACUUUGGUUUUCAAGAAAAUGACAUUAAAUGCAAUAAUUUUAUUUAUCAUAAAGAUUUUAUACAUCGUUUUCUUUUAGAUGGUAUUGUAAUGGUAUACAUAUUUGUAAUUUAUACUGCAUGUAUAAACAUUGAAAAUCAGCAAAAAUGACAAAUUUGUUUUGCAUUAUUUUAACUUGUGAAUUUUAAAAACUAGUAUUAGUAAUUUUUUCCUUUUGUUGUAGAUUUUAAGAUGUUACAGUGUUUUAAGUACCUUAGUCCCUCCUGCCACAAAAGCCAUUAAUUUACAAACGCAGAAAGCCUUCGGUUCUAAUAUUUCAAAGCUUUCAGAUGAUUUCUGUAUCAAUUUUAUAUAUCUGACAUAAUGCAGUUUACUGUGUUGUUGGCUAAGAUAAUACUGAUUUAUUAAAUUUUAAACUGAGAUAGGAAUAAUAUUUUUAUUUUGGGGUGUUGACUGCCUCUAAAAUAGUUUCAAGGAAAUAGAUACAUACUGUGUUCACAGGAAAAAAAUAGGUUUGAUAGUUUAAAUCCUAUUAAUUUUUUCUCCAUGAUUAAAAUACUUUCAGACUGAUUUUCUAUGGCUUUAGAAUUUUUAAAGAUUUUCACCUUCAUAAAGGUUGUUGCCCAAAAUUAACAUUCUAUGGGUUUUUUUAGUGUCCUAGAUCCUCUACAGGCUAACUACUGCUGAUAUGUUUGAAUUAAAAUGAUAUUUCAGAGUAAAAUCACAGCCUGUACAGUGAGAUCACCCUAAGUCCUUAGCCUAAGCUCCUAGACUAAAUGUGAUUGUAGAAUCUAGUUGAAAUUUAACUUUGGUAAAAAUCUGCUUUUUAUAAUCCCAAACCACAUUUUCAGUUAUCAUGUUUAUUAGAACUUCUGCCAAUAAAUUUCCAAUUAAAUAGAAUUAGAUUCAAAUUUUUAGUAAUAAAUGUAUUCUCUUCCCUUA